ACAGUAUGGCCGGCGAUAUUAGCUAGCACUCGCUAACGGUAUUCUCUGCAAAAGGGAAGACGGUAACUCAAGAAAAUCAACACCUGGAUUGCUUAAAGGACUGUACCUCAAUAAAUUAUAACUGAUCGAGGAAGGAUUUAUUAAGCUGUAAACGUUUCAACCGACGGUUAAUAUUUUUUGUUGGGUGUCUGUUGUCUCAUGAUGGAAGAUAACGGUGCACAUUUCUUCGAGGGGACCGAGAAGCUGUUGGAGGUGUGGUUCUCUCGGCAGGAUGAGACCAAAGGAACCGGGGACCUCCGUACCAUCCCAAGGUUUGAGUGGGACAAACUUUUGGAGAAUGUGCAUUGUUUGAUCAUAAGUGUGACAAAGUCUGACAAGCAGGAAGCUUAUAUACUCAGUGAGAGUAGCAUGUUUGUCUCCAAGAGACGUUUCAUUUUGAAGACGUGCGGAACCACCCUCUUACUGCAAGCACUGGUGCCUCUGCUGGAACUCGCCAGGGAGUACUGCGGUUUUGAUGCCAUCGAGAAUUUCUUCUACUCCCGCAAGAACUUUAUGAAACCAACCCAUCAAGAGUUUCCUCAUCGAAACUUCCAGGAGGAAGUGGACUUUCUCAGCCAGAUUUUCCCAAAUGGCGCAGCCUACUGUAUGGGACGUUUGAACUCUGACUGCUGGUACCUGUUUACCCUGGACUUACCAGAGUACUGGGAGAACAAGCAUGCAGAUCAGACGCUGGAAGUCCUGAUGAGUGACCUCGAUCCAGCCAUUAUGGACCAGUUCUAUAUGAAAGAUGGUGUUUCUGCAAGUGAUGUCACUCGUAUGAGUGGAAUUCGUGACCUGAUACCAGGUUCUGUGAUCGAUGCCACAAUGUUCAACCCUUGUGGAUACUCAAUGAAUGGAAUGAAGACUGACGGAACUUACUGGACCAUCCACAUCACCCCAGAGCCGGAGUUCUCCUACGUCAGCUUCGAAACCAACCUCUCACAGACGUCGUACGACGAUCUGGUCAGGAAGGUGGUGGAGGUGUUCAAGCCAGGAAAAUUUGUGACUACGCUUUUUGUCAAUCAGAGCUCCAAAUGUCGCAGUGUCUUUUCUUCUGCCCAGAAACUCGAGGGCUACAAGCGUCUCGACCGCCAGUUGGCUCAGUUCAACGACUACAAUUUUGUCUUCACAAGCUACGCCCAGAACCGCCAGCAGAACCAGCAGAGCUGAGGGUUGAGGAUGAAGAAGAGGCGUAAAAAGAAAGGCGGCUGCUCGGGGCUCGCUCCCUGCGGUCGGCUUCACCCCCUGAUAGAGAGCUCGUCGUCAUCCCUCCUCCCCCCCUUCUGCUGCUGCCGUCGUCCAGAAUCUGCCGGUGCCGACGCGGUCGCGAGCCCUAGUUUAACCUCCAGUUUGAGUUGUUUGCGUUGUUGUACCUGUGACUUAGAUCUCUUGCAUGAAAGCUCUUUUCUCUGUUUCGAUAUUCUAGCUCACUCUUGCUGUGAUCUUGAAGUGCAUGUAGAGGAAUUAAACACGCUCUGUUUGAGGCUGUCCACCUGUGCCCAGUACGACGGUCCCUUCCUGCAGGUGUCCCCCCUCAUCCCCCACAGACAAGGCUUCCGCCCGCACUAGGCCAGGGCCCUGACAUGCUCAGACCAGUAUGCCUCUUUAUGAGCGCAGCCUGUCCACUUUUUUUUUUGUGUGUUUUGUUAUUUCAAACCCGCCACCCGUCUCCUUCUAAUUUGCCCUCCAAUGUGACAGUUGGUAUAUAUGAAUCUCUACCGAUUUUUGAGUGCACUUUAAAAACCUGUUUACUCGUGGUACAAAAAAAAAGGCCGACGUUCCGUCUCGAGCCUGAUUGAAUGUAUAAGUCUUGGUAAGCCUUUGGCCGUUGUAGUAGUCAUCGCAUUGUUUGAGAACGAAUGCCAUACUUGCUGUUUAAUGUCGCACUAUUGGAUAAAAGGUGUGCAGCUUAUUGGUCGGUGUGGUCUCUGGUUGCUGCAAACUGCAGUUAAGCAGAAGACUUUGCUGGGCUUCGAAUUGGACUCCCAACACCAGCAUUCAUUUGUGCUCCUCCACCUCGACAAUCAUAUAGUCCUUGUUUCCCCAAAUAGACAGGCUAUUAAAGUUGUAUGCCUGGACAUGAAUCAUUUAAGACAUUUGUCAUGCGCACUUUGUAGGCUUCUUUUUGUACAGCGUGCUGUAUGUAUGGGAAGCUUCCAUCCUAUAGACCCCCCCCCGUCAUAUUCAGCAGUCUAAUUUUCCACAUUCACACCAAUUGGUUACAUGGGAAAAUGUUCAAACUGAAUGUAGCACAGGCCGUGUAAAGCAGCGGUCUGCCCCCCCCCCUCCCUCCCCGUCUUUCGAAUGUACACGUCUCUAGAGAAAAGCCUGGACCGGGUUUUGAGCUGAAUGUACGACUCCAGGAGAGCACACCCACCCUCCUCUUCCCUCACACGCACACAGAGCUCACAAUGACCUCUGUCGAGCAGCCAUUGUCCGGCUCGCAGCAGGUCCCCCCCUCCCUCCCUCCCCUGCCAGAGUCAGACUGUCAGCUGGCCCCAGAACCGUGACAUGACGAGAGGCGGCCCUCCUGGCUGCGCCCGCUCUGAAUGGGAAAUAAUGAAUCAGACACUUUUUGCUUAGUUGCCCAGCAAAGCAUUUUUCUUCUUCCCACAUAAUAUCCAUCCUCUCUCUCUCUUUCCGCCCCAUACAGAAAUCUGUAAGCACACAAUAGAGGCCCACCAGUCUGAGCAUGCCAGGGUGAUCCCGGAUCAUUCCACAUGUAACCGCUGCAUAAACUGCCAUUUUAUUAAAUUUAUUGUGCCCAGACAUUUUUUGCAGUGAAUUGGUCGAAAAUGUGACUCCCCCAGCAGUUUUAUUUUUUUGUUUUUGUUUGGAUCAAUGGCCUUUGUUCAUCGAGGGGGGGUGGGGGAAUCCUGUGACACUAUGGUGCAUGUGACUACUAGUGCCGUGUUGCUUGACAGUGUAGUAUAGCGCCGUCUCUUCCUCCUUUUGUCAAUAGGUCUGUGCUUCACCUUCCUCUUGUUUUACCUGCUGAAAGCGUAGUUGCAACUGCCGCAUCCUGAUGUGUUUUGGAUAGGCGGGGACUUUCUUUUCUUUUUUUAUAUACCUUUUUAGGGGUUGGGUCAACUUGUAAUUAAUUCUUUCAAGUUCCAAAAAGCGCUGAAAGCCGGUUAGGUUUCUCAUUUCUGACUUCACGAAACCUUUUUGUCAAACGUCCAAGCUCCGUCCUCUCCGCCGGUUCAGCUCAGCGACUGUUCGCAAUGCUUCUCCUGCCAGAGAAUGCAGUUGGAGUUUUGAACCGGAGAAGACGCGGCGGGGAGCCCUAGCCUGCUUUCAGCCCUUCUGCGGUGCAGUACAAUCUGUCUCUCUGAAAUACCUGCGAUGAUUGCAUCGGCACAUAUAGCGGCACAUAUAUCACCUAAGGCAGCGCGCAAGCCGGUUGGAGCAGGUCACGUGAGAACGAGCAGUGACGUUGAUGCCGGAAUAGUUUCCCUCUAGUUUGUCUGUCAUGACGUUUUGGAGUGGCUUCAUUCUUUUCCUGAGGACCAAUCUCUGCCCUUACAUGACCUGCUCUCAACUUCCUGUCAGAUGACUUGGGUGACGUGGCGCGACUGUUAUCGGUCCUCUUUUUUGAAGUCUCACAUUGAGGGGAUUUCAAGUUUAAUGCUAACUGUUCUUGGAAAGUAAAUUUUAGCCUCGUUGGUGUGGAUCAUUGCUACUUUGUUUUUAUUUUUUUAUACAGUGAACUCAAAAUGCAUUUUUGCAGUUGAAUGGUAAUAGAAUUUUAUACAAAAAGUAUUUUGUAUUUUUGCUGCGGACCAAUAUUCUUUUUUUUUUUCUUCCCCUUUUGUCCGAAUGUUCAUUUUGUUGUAAAACCACUGUUGUUCUGAUGUUAAGGGAUGACCUUUUCAAAGCUGACUAAAUCAUGUUUGUCUUUUUAUUAAUCUUUUCACUCUCCCUUCUUCUGUGAAUCCUCUGUAAGACUGCAGAGGAAGGGACAGUGAAAGCCUCCCCCGGGUGACAGAGGGUGCAGUUGCAGGAUGUAUCAGGAUGUACUGAAGGAGAAACUUUGCUGUUCUAAUUCUUUCUUUUGCUGUUCUUUGGAUGGUCAAGAUGUGCUAAAUAUAUCUGUGCUACGAGCUUGAUGCUUCAAUAAAAGAUGCUUAUCUGUGCA